UCAUCACAGGGCUGCGCCAUUUGAGUUUGGGCAUAAUUUCACUCACAUGGAUGUUUGGGUUUGUUCUAGAUGGAGAGCACAGAGUUCAUCUGCUGCAAGGAGACGGUGGAUGAGUACCUCACCGGCCUCGAGCUCUCCUUACCCACCAACACCGUCUACAUUUUGGACGCCUCCAGCAUGCUGGUGUUCAGAGGACAUGACAUGCAGGAGGAUGAUGGAGAUGGGAACAGACAGACGGCCAGAGGAGCACAGAAAGGGGACCAAGCUGUGGACGACUUCUAUGACGGUUUCUGGUGCCUUUAUGAUGAGGACAUGUCAAAGAAAACCGGAAGCCAUAGACUGCAGGAUAUGCACGAGCAAAUCUCGCCUUGUCCUCCGUUACGACCCUCUUCUAGUUAAUAAGCUAACAUGUGGUUUUGAGAAAGUUGGAAGCAGAUAAAUGAUGGCCAAGGCACUUUCUAUUUCUUUUGACAACUUCAUGCAGCACUUUGACCAUAUUUAAGAUUCCUUUGUUUGAUCUUUUUUUUAAUUCCUUUUAUUUUUGUACUUUGCGUUUUAUAUUUUUAUAUGCGUUCUUCAUACUGCAAGUGUGCUUUAACGAUUAUGGUGCUUAAACAGAAAUCAAUUUGUUGGCCAGUUGAUUAAUUCCUUAAUGGAGUUAUGCUUUAUAGUGUUAUGCGUUUUGGAAUUGAUAUCUUUUGAUAUUUGAUAUCUUCAAAAUAAUGUCUUGAUUUGUAGUAUUAAUGUGAAGAGGAAAUUACAUUUCUAUUCAGAUAUGAUUUUUUCCUCCUAAUGUUUUAACCAAAAACACCUUGUCCCAACCCUUUCUUGAGGCAGCUACAGAUAUCAAAUUCCUGCUUCUCGGAAAUGAAACCAAUGGAAAUUUCCUUUUCUAAAAGGAACAGUUAGUUUUAUUUGGUAAAAACAGCAGAUGCUUGUGUUUCUGUGUCCUUCUGUGGAAUAAAAGCAGACUAUUAACAGUACGCACAUUCUUAGUUUUCUCGUGUCAGGGUAAAUGUGCAAUUACAGCACCAUAGAGGAAAAUAUAGUUUAAAUAUACAUUUCUGCCAUUAUUUACUCACCCAGUUGUUCCAAUCUCUUGAAAAAUAAAGUAAUAGGUUUUGAACGACAAGGAAAAUAAAUUUGAGUAAACUAUACCUUUAAGUAACUUGUAAUGCAGC